ACAGAUAUCUGAAUAUGGGUGACUAUGAAGAGGCAUUCUUAAAGGCGCUGGCUUCGAGCGAUUUGACAAUCAUACUCCGCUUAUGUCACAAAGUCAGCCCCAAAAAUGUAUUCUUUCCAUCACGGCCAUUGCUAUCACAGCCUGUGAUACUCUCAUUAAUCCACCAACUUACCAUAGAUCUAAGCAAAUACACUGACUUAAAAUUUGCUUGGAUAGAAGAAGCUUUGCUACACGUGAAUCCAAAGGAUACUACAAUCAGUAGCCACUGUCCACGUAUUCUAGCGAUUGCAAAACAACGACUUGUGGAUCGUUACACUCAAAUGCAAAUGUCAUCAGAAGAAAAUCAGAAUCAUAACUUGAAGCAAAUUACGGUUCUUAUUCAUGUGCUGAAUAGUAUACUACGCGAAUAG